CCGAUGGAGUCAUCAAGGAUGAAACUGCAGACAUCAGUGGAUGGUACCACUCCAGAUGAAAUGAAAGAAUUGGUGAGUGGUAUCACCACCAAAAAUGUCGAACAGUGGUGCUACUGUAUGUAUCCCAGUGUAGCCGUAAUCUAUGAUGAGCCAUUCGCCUACAAAUUCUACUAA